AUGGAUCCACUGUCAGUAACUGCGAGCGUGAUAGCGGUUGCUACGCUCGCAGGACAGAUUGGAUCAGCCUUAUCAGAACUGCGAGCGCUUUGCAAGCAAUUACCUGGUAGGCUCCACGCACUGAGCAACGAAAUAUCCGACAUUGAGGUAGUUCUCUAUCAGGUUGGUAGAGUCGUUGAAGAACGAUCAAGAUCCUCUCCUCAGAUCUCACGAACAGACACGAUAUCUAUUCCGAACAUUUUGCAGAGGGCGGAGCUGAAAUUGAAGGAGUUAAAGACAAUCAUCGACCGUCUCACCGCAUUAACAACCAAAAAUGGAGCCAUCAUUUUCCAAAUACGCCUCUGGCAAAAAGAACAAUCCAAGAUACAAAGUCUACAGGAAGAGAUAAGAGAAAUCAAAUCUAGUUUCAAUGUUAUUCUCGGGGCUUCUAACUCGCGGGAGAUGAUGCGUGUCCGUCUCGAUCUCGAGACAUUGUCUACAGUCACUAAGCAAACUGCCCAAGCACAAAGCACUUCCUGGGAGGAGUUUCUUCGCGACAUAACCUCCCACCAUGAAAAUGUUGAGGAGACACUCAAUCACACAUAUCAACAGGUCGACGAGAGGAUUAGUCGAGUUGAGGAAAUGCUGAAGACUCAGUCAACUCAGAUCCAAAACAGCCAAUUUCUUCAAGUUGGUCCUUCUUACAAUAUGGGUCCUCCAGCAUCUCGACGACGCCUAUCUAGAUCAGUCAGCAAAGAAAGACCGCCAAAGAUGCCCAGUCGUCCCGAAGCCGUGGGCAUUCGGCUCACUCAAUACGCAAGCAUUUGUCGUGCGGGAUGUAUAUGUGCAUGUCACUCCCAAACAAAAUCUAGUACACCUGGAUUCAUGGACCGUGUCCUCGGCCAACUCUUCGUCGGAUAUGCUGGCAUGCCUCUUCUUAGUCAGAAAUGCGAUACUGCCACAUGCGAGAAAUCACAAUCUCCUCAUAUGAGCUUCGAAUACUGGUUUCCCUUGGGCUUUUGUUGGUCUCAGAUAAUUCGUCUCCAGUUGGGAUACCAACCGAAUGUUGGACCACAAAUGUCUCUAACCACCCUAAGACGAGUUCCCGACUCCGCCCAGUGUGUCAAUUUUGCUUUGGAAGGUAACAUUGAAGGACUGAAAAAUCUUUUCAUGAGCGGAAUGGCAUCACCUCGUGAUGUUAGUACUACUCGGGGAUACUCUUUACUUCGCUGGGCAUUGUAUGGCCAGCAGUACGAGACUUGUAGGUUCUUAUUAUCUGCAGGCGCAGACGCCGAUUACAAACCAAUAUCUCCCAAUGAUGAAUGCCCUAGUGACAAGGCUUGUGAUGUUAUUCUUCGUGGUGGAAUAUCCGAGAGGAUUAUUGAGAUUUUAAGGCUGCUAGGUGCCAGUAGUGAUUUCGUGGAGAACCAAAAUUUCGCCGCCAUUCACAAGAUAGUUCUGAGAUUGUCAAUGAAAGAUCUAGAAGAAGAGAUCCUACAAAAUCCCAAUCAAAUUGAUGUUCCUGAUGCAACGGGUCGUACUGCGCUUGAAUGGGCAGCAGCUCGAGGAGAUGAACGUUCGGUGAUAACAUUAUUGAGUUAUGGCGCCGAUCCCAACAAUAUAGACCAUAAACUAAACACACCCCUUACAUUAGCAUCGAACCAGAAUCAUACCGUGUGUGUUAGACUACUUCUCGAAGCUGGAGCUUAUCCGGAUCCUGUACUCCCAAACGGUAUCAAAUUCGGCAGUCCUUUGAAUUGCGCGGCGCGAAAUGCUUCAGAUCCUUUGUUACUUAAAACUUUGCUCGAUUUUAACGCAGACAUUGAAGCCAGCAAUGUCGAUGGUGUUACGCCACUACUACAAGUUGCCCGUGGUAAUAGCGCCAGUCACGCGAUGCUGCUCUUGGAAUAUGGAGCUAACAUCAACGUAACGUCAAAAGCUGGACGUACACCACUUACCACCGCCAUAAUACACAACAACCAUAAUGUUCUCCAACUACUCCUUGAUCGCUGGUACGAAUAUAGUGAAUGUCCUCGCUUGAAAGGGCCGCAUCUUCUUGGGCUCGUGGCUCAAUAUGCAGAUUUGGAUACUAUAUCCAUUCUUGCUUCUACCAACCAUCUGAGAAUUAAAUUUGACAAAGACUACGUGUUCGGGGAUUUUGUCACCAGAUUACGAGAGAGAUCGAGAGUUACGGAUAAAUUACUGAACGCUUUCGAAGACCUACUAAACAUUAUUAAUCAGGGUGCAGCGGAGCACAGAAGUGUAGAGAGUGCCAUGGAAUCGGGAUUACUAGUACAUGGGGAGUUCGAAGAGGAAGACUCGGAUGAAUGUUAUGAAGAUGCGCAGGAAGUUCUGAUGACCAUCUCGCCUGAUUUUGGUUGUCCCUUUAUCAGAUUGGCAAAGAGAGCUACUAUCUAG